GAACGAAGUUGCAGAAACAAAAAAUAGGAUUUGUCAAAAAGAAAAAACAAAAAAAUGUCCACUAAAAAAACAGAAACUUGUUCCCUUUCUUCUCGCAUGGUUCAUCGGAGAACUUCAUUGUUCAUGUAUUCUGAUUGGCUUCAAUUUUUCCUCUUUCUUUCUUUCUUUCUCUCUCUCCUCUCGAUUUCUUCCUCUGUUUCUUUUCAUUACCAUCUCCCAAAAUUGUUUGCCCUUUAACGUGGGUCCUUCAAUUUCUUGAAGGACCCCGCCAUUGUUAAUCUCCUUAAAAAAAAAAAAAAUCUUUUUUGGUUGUUUUUAGGCAUUUAAAUUUUUGAUACACGAAAUUGAUUUCAAUGAUCAUGAAUUGUUUUCCGUGUUUCACUUCACGCAAGCGCAGAAACUCACAUAAUAAUAACGAAACCAACGAAAACGGUGAACACGAAUUCAGACCACCUGUGGCGACGACGAAACAUAUACAAGAAAGAGAAACAGAGCAAACACCGGUGAAAAUAUUCAAUUUCAGAGAAUUAGCGACGGCGACAAAAAAUUUCCGGCAAGAAUGUCUUUUAGGAGAAGGUGGAUUCGGUAGGGUUUACAAAGGCACCCUUCAAUCUACUGGCCAGUUGGUAGCUGUAAAACAGCUAGAUAAGCAUGGACGACAUGGUAACAAAGAGUUCCAAGCUGAAGUCUUGUCAUUGGCUAAACUCGAACACCCGAAUCUUGUUAAGCUUAUAGGAUACUGUGCUGAUGGAGAUCAGCGUCUUUUAGUCUUUGAAUAUGUCUCUGGAGGUUCUCUUCAAGACCAUCUUUACGAACAAAAGCCAAACCAAAAGCCAAUGGAUUGGAUAACAAGGAUGAAGAUUGCGUUUGGUGCAGCGCAAGGAUUGGAUUACUUGCACGAUAAAGUGAAUCCACCGGUGAUAUACCGAGAUUUGAAAGCCUCUAACAUCUUGUUGGAUGCAGAGUUUUACCCCAAGCUUUGUGAUUUUGGUUUGCAUAAUCUAGAGCCUGGGACAGGUGAUAGCUUGUUUCUUUCUUCCCGAGUUAUGGACACUUAUGGUUAUUCUGCGCCUGAGUACGCUCGAGGGGACGAUCUCACUGUCAAAUCAGAUGUUUAUAGCUUUGGGGUUGUGUUGCUCGAACUCAUCACAGGGAGAAGAGCUAUUGACACCACUAAGCCUAAUGAUGAACAAAAUCUAGUGGCUUGGGCGCAACCGAUAUUUAGAGACCCGAAAAGAUACCCGGAUAUGGCAGAUCCUCUCUUGAGGAAGAAUUUCUCAGAGAGAGGGUUAAAUCAAGCAGUGGCAAUAACAUCAAUGUGUCUACAAGAGGAACCAACUGCACGUCCUUUGAUAAGUGAUGUAAUGGUUGCGCUUAGCUUCCUUUCCAUGUCUACAGAAGACGGUAUUCCAACCGCUGUUCCAAUUUUAUCCUUCAGGGACAAAAGUAUGUCGAUUGCUUUAAGCAGACACAGUUCUUGCUCUGUAACUCCUUUUUCAUCACUUCCUCGCAAAGAGGAAGAGGACGCAUUCAGUGUUUCAUCAGAUUCAGAAGAUGAAGAUGAAGAACAAGUAAAAGAUGAAGAAUUAAGAAGAAGUCAGAAGACGGUAUUGGAAGAAAAAACCGCAACGGAUUCAGAUAAUGAGUCUGAUUCAAACUCCAAAAACGGUCAAAAAGAGCAACAUACUCAGUUAGAGAAACCUCGAAGCUCUAGCAGUUCCUCUGACUCUGGAAGUAAGAAAAGAAGGUCCAAUAAUGGUGAAAUUAACGCAACUGCACAGAGCUUGAAGAUGAAGUACAGUUAUAGCUCUGAGGAAGAAGAUAAUGAGAGGCUAAGCAGUAAAAACAGCUGUAAAUCAAACGAAGAAAGCACUUCUUUGCAGUAUGACAGCGAUAGAGAUCAUGAUGAUUCACCAAGGAACACAAGCAGGCCAAUCAAUAGUAUUUCUCAUGAUGAUGAGGAUGAAGAGGAGGAGAAUCAUGAAACUCAGCUUCAGCACAUUCAUAGCUCAAAAUCUGAAGUCCAAAGUGUUUCUUCAGAUGAUGAGGAGGAAGAAGAGGAGAGUCAUGAAACUCAGAUUCAGCACAUUCAUAGCUCAAAAUCUAAAGUCCAAAGUGUUUCUUCAGAUGAUGAGGACGAAGAGGAGGAUAAUCAUGAAACUCAGCUACAUCACAUUCAGAGCGCGAAAUUUGAAGUCCAAAGUGUUUCUUCAGAUGAUGAGGAUGAAGAGAAGGAGGGUCAUGAAACUCAGCUUCAGCACAUUCAUAGCUCAAAAUCUGAAGUCCAGAGUGUUUCUUCAGAUGAUGAGGAUGAAGAAGCGGAGAAUCAUGAAACUCAGUUUCAGCACAUUCAUAGCUCAAAAUCUGAAGUUCAAAGUGUCUUUUCAGAUGAUGAGGACGAAGAAGAGGAAAGUAAUGAACCAGAGGAAGAAAAAUACAUUCCUUCUGAUCAAGAUUGAAUCUU